CCAGAGAGAGGGAGGAGGCAAGGGGGAGUGAGACUCAAGACAGAUUCCUUUUCCCUCUCGUGACUGGUGUUGACUGGGCUGGGUUCUGGGAAAGCGUUAGAUUGCAUCAGACAGAGCCUCCAGGGCUGGAACCAGGAGGCAGGCCAGGGAGGAGGCCUGGCCUUAUAAGUUGGGGCCAGAAGACUUGGCGGUGUCAGGAAACCAGACACAAACAAAGUUUUAGAGAGGAGAGACAGGGAGAGUGAGGCAGACAGGAUGGCCACCUUCCCUCCGGCAGCCAGCUCUUCCCGGCAGCUCCCAGGCCCAGAGGAUGAAGACCCCUGCCUGGAUGAAUAUGACCUCUACAGCCUGGCCCACUCCUACCUGGGAGCGGGAGGCCGGAAAGGUCGCACCAAGAGAGAAGCUGCUGCCAACACCAACCGCCACAGCCCUGGUGGGCACGAGAGGAAGCUGGUGACCAAGCUCCGGAACACAGAGCAGAAAAAGCGAGGGGCACGGCCCUGAGGCAGACCUGGAGAUGAGGCUGGAACCCGGACACCACACCUCGAUGGCGACAGGACAGCAGUGCAAUCAGGACCACAGAGGAAUCGGCUUGGGGGAGAGAAGGGCAGCAGGACCCAGGCCUAUUGCCCCCACCCCACCCCCAGGACUUACCCUGCCUGACUAAGGCUCCGAAGGGCCACCAAGGAAGCAUCCCCCUCCCAGAAAAAGGGCAAGAUGGGGAGCAAGAGGCAGAGAUUGGAGAGGCAGAGUCGGAAAAGUACCCCCAAAAUGAGAAAGAGGGGAAGGAAACAAGCUUUCCAGGGUGGCAGCAACAAUAAACAAAAAACAGCAACUACAGCUUGUGUGUUUUCGUCCUCUCUUCUGUGUUUUCGUUUGCACACAUUUCUGCCCAUUUGUGUCUGCAGGUGCAUGCACCAAUAAAAGCAUUUUUUGUUAGUGUUUGCAUU